AUGCAUUUUUGUUCAACAUUGUCGUACCUUGGCCUCUUUGCUUCGUCGGUCACAGCCAGGGCCCUUGAAACUCCCACGGAAAUAGUGCCUAAACCGCCGUUCUUUGCUCUAGCCGGCGACUCAACCACGGCGCCGCAGGCGGAAAAUGGAGGCGGCUGGGGCAACGGCUUCCUCAAUACAACUCUGCACGCCGGGGCGGCGGGAAAGAAUUUUGGCCACAACGGCGCGACAACGGUGUCAUUUCGCGAGGGAGGCGACUGGGCCAAUGUUCUCGCAGCUGCAAAAGCCGCGAGCAAAGAUUUCGAUGUAUACGUGACGUGUCAGUUUGGACACAACGACCAGAAGCCGGCCAAGAACAUAUCGAUUGAACAGUACUCAGCUAACCUUGCGAGGUUUGUCCAUGAACUGUUGGAGAUACAGGCCACGCCUGUCUUGGUGACUCCGCUCAGCAGACGCAAGUUUGACUCCGAUAACCGCGUCAAGGAAGACCUGGCCGACGUGACAGCGGCAACAAUCAAGGUGGCGGGCCAGACUGGCGCGCAACUGAUCGAUCUCAAUGCGGCGAGCACAAAAUACCUAAAUGCCAUUGGGCCUGAUAAAGCGCAUACGUACAACCUGACGCCUUCGGACAAUACCCAUCUCAACAACGGAGGAAGCAUUGUUUUUGGCAAUCUGGUGGCAAUACUCAUGAAUCAGGAGCUAACAAAGUUGAGCACGAAGUAUCUGUCACCCAUUAAAGAUAUUGCGGAUAAGUUAGAGAAGGGCGAGUACGUGUUCGCGUAUGUGUAG